CUAUUCGUUUUAUGGAAGAUGUUCAACAUACUUCAGAGAAAGCAGCCGGCCUUGGCCAUGUAUCAUAACUCAUCGCGUGAACGAUCCUACCUGCACUUUCAAGAUGACCAAAGAACUCGUCCUCAUUACCGGCGUCUCGGGCCACGUAGGCUUUCGCGUCCUCGUUGAAGCACUGUCCCGCAACUACAGUGUCCGCGCCGUCAUCCGCAGAUCAGAGCAGGAAGCCCAGAUCCGCCGCACUGAGUCCAUCAAGUCACGCGAAGCAGACCUACAGUUUGUGGUCGUGGAAGACUUGCUCAAGGAGGGCGCAUUCGACGGAGUUCUAGAUGGAGUCGAUGGCGUGCUCCACGUAGCAUCGCCGCUUCCAAUGGCCACGGAAGACUACAGGCGCGAUGUAAUCGACCCCGCCAUCCUCGCCACAACCAACGUCCUCACGGCCGCGGCAAAAGUGCCUUCGGUCAGACGAGUCGUCAUCACGUCGUCCAUCGCAACACUGCUGACAAUGGACCCCUUCACCUCCCCCAUCGCCGCUUACGCCGCAUCCAAAACCCACGCCCUCGCGGCCUCCGAGGCCUUCGUCGCGCGCGAGCAGCCGCACUUCGACAUCGUCAGCAUCCUGCCCAGCAUGGUGAUUGGGCGCAACGAGCUGAGCACCGCGGCUCGGGAUCUCGAGACGGGUACGAACGGCAUCGUCAUCGGGCCGCUGAUCGGCGCGAAGUCUGAGAUGCCCACGCUAGGGGCGUCGGUACAUCUGCAUGAUGUGGCGCGCGCGCAUGUCGAUGCGUUGAAUCCGGCGAUGUCAGGGAAUCGCAGACUGCUGUGUUCGUCUGGGGGAUUGGAGGGGACGGUGUGGGAUGCGGCGAAGGAGGUGGUGCGGCGACGGUAUGCGAAGGAGGUGGCUGAUGGGGUGUUUUCGCUUGCUGGGACAGCGCCGAGUAGACCAAUGAGGUUUGAUGUGUCAGAGACAGAGAAGCUGCUUGGAUGGGAGUUUAUUGGGUUUGAGGAGCAGGUGGUAAGUGUGGUGGAUCAGUAUGUGGAGUUAGUGACCAGUCGAGCGUCUUGA